CUCUGUCUCUACAGAUUCGAUUUGGGCAAUUCACUAUGGAUAUGAAAUCGGUCAUAAUUCUUGCUGGGAUUCUUCUAUGUUGUACUGCGGAAGCCAUUGUGUCCAUUGACGUCCAUAAGGCCAAGGAUCUCCUUCAAUUGGGUUAUCGUUACAUUGAUGUUAGGCCUGCAGAAGAAUUUAAAGAAGGUCAUAUAGAUUUUGAGAAUAUCUUGAACAUUCCUUACACGCUCAUCACUCCAGAAGGAAGAGUGAAGAAUCCCCAAUUUUUGAAGCAGGUCUCAUCCGCUUACAGCAAAGAUGAUAAUCUCGUAGUGGGUUGUAGACUUGGGAUCAGAUCAGUUCAAGCAACCACAGAUCUUGAGAGCGCUGGUUUUAAGCAUGUGAACAACAUGGAAGGAGGAUAUAAAGCUUGGAUAGAGAAUGGCUUUGGUGUGAAGAAACCACAUGAGGAGCUGUGAUGAAGAUCUGGCUAAUUUAGUCAUAGUAC